AUGUUAGCGAAAGAGGCGGACAACAACAGCAAUGGCAACAACGAGCAGGUAGUAGUUUAUACAGAUGGCUCAGGAAUGGAAGGCAUGAUAGGAGCAGGUGCAGUACUCUACAGAGACAGAGUACGGAUAAGGUCAGCAAGAUUCCUGCUUGGAGAAGACACGGAGCACAUGGUACAUGAAGGAGAACUCGUUGGAAUUGCACUCGGAGUCCAGCUAGCCAAGAUGGAAAGGAUCAUCAUACCAUGUAUCAAGAUCAGCCUCGACAGCCAGGCAGCAAUACAAGGAAUGGAGAACGUCAGUGCCAAAGCUGGCCAACACAUCAUCCACAAGAUCCACAGAGCAAUAGACGAACUGCGCAACGAUCAAAAGCGUAGACAAGAACUCAUCACUCUCACAUGGGUCCCAGGUCACGAAGGGAUCGAGGGUAAUGAAGCAGCGGACGAGGAGGCCAAGAAGGCCAUCACAGAUGGAUCAUCCACAGCAGCAACACUCCCACCAUGGACGAAGGACACCCUCCCGCAGAAUAUCUCGGCACUCAGACAGGAACUCAAACUUGCAGCAAGGAAGUCAGCACAUGACAAGUGGAAAUCUUCAGCACGGUACAACAGGACCAGGCCCAUUGACGAGACAAUGCCAUCCAACAAAUAUCUCCAAAUCACAGAUGAGCUAACGAGAGCAGAAGCAGCGGCACUUAUUCAGCUACGUACAGGACAUAUCGGACUGAACAAGCAUCUGAACCGCAUCAACAGAGCGGAUGCACCGUGGUGCCCACACUGUGGAGAGGGAAAUGCAGAAAACAUAACUCAUCUCCUCCACAUCUGCCCAGCGUACAAUGCAGCGCGAGCCGAAUGGGAAGGAGCAUUGCGUGAGAAGACGAGAGAACCAGCGGAGAUACUAGGGACAAAGGAGGGAAUCAAGGAGACGUUGAAGUUUAUCAGGAGGACGGGAGGAUACAAACGGAAGGGAAAGAGAGUAACCAACUCACCAGAGAGACAACGCAUAUCGAAACCAAACCAACUUCACAGACAGUCAAGGCGAUUGAAAGCAAGCAAAAGUAGCGUAGCAGAGCCACACCCAGAGGGAGAUCUCGGCGAGGAGAGCGACAACUGCCUGCCUUCAAGGAGAUGCAUGUGCCAAUGA